UCAAGGGACCGAGCCCUUUCGAGUUUCACUCUGACUUUUCCUUGCGAAAUUUGGAUCUGAGUCAUGGCCACCUUGGACCUCGACGUUCCCAUGGUCCCGGUUGGCGAGCCUUCGGGCAGCGCCGGUCCUUCCUCCUCCUCCAAGAAGAACAAGCGCUUCGAGAUCAAGAAGUGGAACGCCGUAGCCCUCUGGGCCUGGGAUAUUGUAGUUGAUAACUGUGCGAUUUGCAGGAACCAUAUUAUGGAUCUCUGCAUUGAGUGCCAAGCAAACCAGGCCAGCGCCACGAGCGAGGAAUGUACAGUUGCUUGGGGGGUUUGCAACCAUGCCUUUCAUUUUCACUGCAUCAGCCGAUGGCUCAAAACCCGUCAAGUGUGUCCACUAGAUAACAGCGAGUGGGAGUUUCAGAAGUAUGGUCACUAGAAUCUUCAUGCUGUUGAGACUCUGUGCUCUCACUUCUGUUUCCGCUAUGGCGCUAAGAAAGAUCUGGAUUUCCUGUCUAUUUCCAUAAUCCAUUUCCUUCUUAUUAAAUAUGCUGGAGUCUUCCUAUUUUCAAGAAGCAUUUGGGCUGUAUUAAUUUAGGAGUUUGAUUGGUUACAUAUCAAGUUAAAUAUGUGAAAUUCCCUAAACUGUUUUUGGUGUUCUAA